GGGAAGUCUUAUCUUUUUUGCAAAGUCUCUUUUGCCCUUAAAGAUAUUGGGAGGGCCCGUGCAUAGAGAAAAGAGAAGAAAGCAACUGGUCCUGGACUCCUGGUCAAAGCUACGAUGGAUUGGGGCUUUUGAGCACGAACUGUUCGAUCCAACGGGAACCAAUUUUCGCAGGGCGAUCGCGUUACGAAGAGAAUCAGAAAAUUUUGGUGCGAUCGCGUGACGAGAAUUACAAAAUCUAAAGCAGGGAGACUUCUCUGCUUCAUAGAUCUCGGAACAAUGAUCCGAUUCAUUUUGCUACAAAACAGGCAAGGAAAGACUCGCCUGGCCAAGUACUACGUUCCUCUCGAGGAAUCUGAGAAGCACAAGGUCGAAUACGAGGUUCAUCGGUUGGUAGUCAACAGGGACCCUAAGUUCACAAAUUUUGUCGAGUUCCGUACACACAAAGUCAUCUACAGGCGUUAUGCAGGAUUGUUUUUCUCAAUGUGCGUUGAUAUUACAGAUAAUGAGUUGGCAUAUUUAGAGUGCAUCCAUUUAUUUGUGGAGAUAUUGGACCAUUUCUUCAGCAAUGUGUGUGAGCUAGAUUUGGUAUUUAACUUCCAUAAGGUGUAUCUGAUUCUUGAUGAAUUCAUUCUUGCUGGAGAGCUCCAAGAGACGAGCAAGAAGGCAAUCAUAGAGAGAAUGGGUGAAUUGGAGAAGCAAGAAUGAGCAUUUUUCCGUCCUAAGAAGAAAGUUUCGUCCUACCAUUGUAUUGUAAGAAAAAAUGAACAAUAGAAUCCUUCUCCCCUCCGCACUGGGGAUUGUCCAAUACAGCUUGUUAGCGGUGACGAUGACAGAUUGAUUGUUCUGAUCUUUGAGGCCGGUGGAUUAUUUUAUUUUGUGUGUAUAAUUGUGUACAUUGGCAUGCUGGGAUCAAUCAUGAACCAAAAUCCUUGUUGAAAGUUGGGGUUUGUAUUGAUUUCUACUUGAUGGGCCUAGCAGGUAAUGAGAUCGUUUAGGGCUGUAGGGGUACGAUUAACGGCACAUUCUUCUACAUAAGAACAGAAUAGAAUUGGGAGGAAUGGACUCCAUUUCUCUUGAUGUUAUCAUGACUUCUGUUCAUAUUUUUAUUAUAUUUCUUUUCUAUCUCAUUCAAUUUUACAAAUCAAACAUGUCAUAAAUUAAUCCAGGAGACAUUUUGCAA